AUGUCGCUAGUGACUCGGAAGGGGGUGUACCUUUAUGAGUACAUGGAUAGUUGGGAACGGUUGGAGGAGACGAGACUGCCUAGCGAGAGGAGCUUUUAUAGUACGUUGACGAAGACCGAGAUAGAGGAGAGUGACUUUGACCAUGCGAAGGAGGUCUGGGACCACUUCGGAUGCAAGACGCUGGGCGAGUAUUCAGAUUUAUGUUUAAAAAUCGACAUGCUGUUGUCGGCGGACGUUUUCGAAAACUUUCGAGACCUAUGCAUGAAAAAUUACAAUCUGGACGCCACCCAUUAUUUCACUGCCCCCUGCUUAAGUUUUGACGCGAUGUUGAAAUUCACGGGGCAAAAGCUACAGUUUCUGGACGAUUAUGACAUGUUGUUAAUGUUUGAGAAUG